AUGACAGACACGCACGAUCCUCAUAACUCCAAAAUGUCAAACACAAGCCUAGAAGGCAAAACAGCGCAGAAACAACAGUACAAGCGAAAACAUCACAGACCCAGGGGAGCCCACGCGAAACCAGACAACCCCAGAUCCAAGCAGGGCACAGAGGACUCACCGGCUACAAAGAGAAAGGUUAAAAAGUGGAGAAAGAUGGUGUGA